UACUUACUUACUUACUUACUUAUUUACUCCACAGAUGUGUGUAUUUGGUACCACUCAGCUCAGAGGGGGUGAUCCUAUCCAUCCACCACAAAUCUAGUGCUCAUUGUGGCAGAAUUGCAGUGCACUGGACUGUACAGAGCAGGGUACCAUCCAGGCUGUUGUCUGUGAGGGGUGGGGUCCGGCUACACUGAUACCACCAAACAGAAGCUCACAGAGAGGACAGAAAAAGAGAGGAAAAAAGAGAGAGAGAAGAGGGGGGAAGACUGCACCUGAAGAGGAAUAUAAUACGGGAUGAAAGGAGACACCCCAGUGAACAGCACAAUGAGCGUCGGCCAGGCCAGGAAGCUGGUGGAGCAGCUGAAGAUAGAGGCGAGUUUCUGCAGGAUAAAGGUAUCAAAGGCGGCAGCCGACCUGAUGGCAUACUGUGACGCACACUCCUGUGACGACCCUCUUAUCACCCCUGUGCCCACCUCAGAGAACCCAUUCAGGGAGAAGAAAUUCUUCUGCGCUCUGCUUUGAGACCAAUCAGGGAUUGUUGUGAUUAAAAGUACAACUGUACAGUAUGUACAUGUAUGUACAGUGUGUACAUGUACUUCAAACCGAAAAUAAAACAUCAGUGUACUAUAGUAACCUUGCAUAAAAGCUGCCGAUGUACAGUACAUAAUCAGUUACAACAAAAUAUCUAGAUCCAAAUUCCUGACCUGCUACCUGUCUGCUGUCUCAGUGUUAGAGGGGAGGAACACAAAUAGUGUGGGGAUUUGAAACAAAACCUGAACAUUGAAGUUCUAGAUAGAGUCACAACUAUCAAAAGUAACAUUUAAUAUAUCAGCGUUCAUGUGGAUGAAAAUAUACGUCAUGCUCAUUUAUAUAUUACAGGUAACUGCCUGAGAGGAAACAAUGUGUGUAUCAUCAAGUGUCUUAACAGAUUCAUGUGGAUUCUGCAGCAUUUUAAACCUUCAACUGGGAUGUUCAGUUCCUGUAUUAGGUGGGUUUUUUUUAAAUUAGGAGGUGCUACAGAUCUCAGAUGCUGCUCUGAUUGGGUCAGAUCAUUGUAAAAAAAAAAAAAAAAAAACCUACAUGUGAGAUCUGAAAACUAAAGAAGAGUCACGCCUAUGUUAGGUAAUUAAGCACAUAUUCCACGACUGAGUGUUUCCGUAUAUAAAGGAGCUGGCUAAUAGCAUUUAGAUUGUCUUUCAGAGCUGCAUCUCAUCCAUUAUUAAUAUAUUUUGUACUCUUUUGGUGAAUUCUGUUUUGGCAGUUACUUGUAUCUACCAGCUGUUUAUGAGUGGAUUAUGAUCAUAUGGUUUUUGUUUCAAAGUUUUAUUAAGAUUUUGCUAAUUUCUAUACUGUUGCUGUAGUGUGAAUGUGGAAGUGUGUGUGUGAGUGUGUAUAAGUGCUACUGUGAAACAAGAAUUGAUUUUUGUCAUCUGAUCAUUGUUACACCAGAUUUUCUAGCACACAGACCCAAAAUACAAACACACAUUCCAGGGGUUAUAGAUAUUCAACAUAUAACUAAAGCCAUUCAAGCUGAACUAAAGCUAUUUGGUAAAAUGAGAGUCUGUCAUUGGAACACUUUUCUAUUCUUUAAAGCAAAAAAACAUUAAAAAAAAGCAGUUAUGCUGUGCUUUAAAGACAGGUGUACAUCAUUAAUUCCAGAGCAGAGGUUUCCAGGAAAUCAAGGAAAAGUGUAUCCUCUAAUCUCAUUCAUGUGAAGACAGGACUGAUAAGAGGGACUUAGGAAUCUAAUAGAAUGGUCACUUUCUCCAUCUACUCCUAACGUGAACCCAUCACAUGACCUCCACAUCAUCUCUGACAUGAUACAACUCAUGGGAAUCCCUGCUCUGGAAUAUAUUAAUUCAUGAACCUGAUGUACUUUCAGUAUUUGCAAAUAUGAAAUUAGGAGCUUUGAUGAAAAAGUAACCAUGGAGUACCAGGCAUUGAAAUAAAACAUCCUGUUACCAAG